ACCUCGUCCAGCAGAUGGUUUCGUAUUUACAUCGCGGCUAGCACGUUUGAAUUGGUUUUUUUUUUAAUUACAUAAAAAUCACAUAAAGUUGCAGCAGAUUAAAUGGCACUGCGGUUGAUUAGCCGCUCCUUGGCCACGCAUAUGCGUGGCAUGCAAUUAAACGCCACCAGAAGUGGACUUAAGGAAUAUAACUUUAGCAACGUCUUGGUGUCUCCUGCCUGGACUUGCGGACCAAAUCGCAUGCUGCAUGUGCGGAUUACGGACCAAGAAGCCGGUCUGCAGACCAAACGGCAAGCAAACAGAAGUCACAAUCCGUUUCAAGAAGAGGAGGAACUUCCAUUGGAUGCACCAAAACAGCACAACAAACGGAGAAAAGAAAAACAGCCAAAGGAAAAGGCCACCGAGAAAGUUCUGAACUUCGGUGAUCCGGACACUUUCGGCGAUGCCAAGGUUAACGAGAGUCAAGUCGAAGAUCCUGGAGAUGUGGAGGAGGAGGCUUAUAUAAGCAGACCCACGAGGCAGUCAAAGAAGCUGCAGGCCGUGGAAUACGCUCGGCAGAUUAAGGAUCACCUGAAAGCAAACCGGCUAAAUGAUGCCAUCGCUGUGCUGGAGCAGCGGAUGUUGCGCGAGGAUCGUGCCAAGCCGGACAAAUACAUAUACAACCUACUGAUCAGCGGUUGCGCAAAGGCCGGAUACACCCGCAAGGCCUUUGCUCUGUAUACCAAGAUGCGGCAGCGGGGCCUUCAAGUGACUGGCGGCACCUACACCUCUCUUUUCAACGCCUGCGCCAAUGCUCCCUCCCUCAGCGAUGGCCUGGCCAAGGCUCAGAUCGUCAGGGAGAACAUGCUGGAAAAGGGAUAUGAGCCUAACGUAAAGAACUACAAUGCUAUGAUUAAGGCCUACGGUAGAUGCGGGGAUAUCGACACUGCCUAUCUUCUCGCGGACGAAAUGAAAGAGCGGAAGCUUGAGAUGAAUGCCGAUACGUUCAACUUUCUGUUACAGGCCUGCGCCAGCCACUCGGAGCACGGUUUCAGGCACGCUCUCCUCACCUGGCACAAAAUGCUGCAUAGUGGGAUCAGCCCGGACUACUACAGCUUUACUACAAUGCUCAGAUGUGUGAGGGACUGCAGCUUUGGAGACUUGGAAGCGAUGCGGGAGGUCCUCGAUCAGAUUGCUCCUGCAGCAACUAGACAGAAGCCGGCUCUUCGCUUGGACAGUGUCGAUAAAGAUAAUCUGCCCACUAUAUCUUCAAGUUCCUCAUCGCUUCCUGCCCAAAUAGAGAUGGUCACGACAUCAAGCGAUCUGGAAAUGCCAAAUCUCCUCCUGCCGCGACCUCAUCUGGGCAGUUUGGUGGCCUUGGAGGAGGUGUCUCGUCCACAUGAGCGGUUUCUACUCCUCGGCGGUCUGACAGGCUUUCUGGACCUCAUGAAAGAGCAUAAAGUCACGCCAGAUAUUGAGACAUUCACCACCAUGCUGGAGGUUAUCCCUCCUACCAACACCGCAGAGAAGCAGCUGCUCACUUUCGUCCGCAAGAUCGGGCUAAAGGCGGACAUCGACUUCUUCAAUAUACUUAUCAAAAAGAGAUCCAUGCGCUUCGAUUACGAGAGUGCUCGCGAGGUGCUAGCUAUGAUUCGGACGGCGGGUCUGCAUCCAGAUAUUGUCACCUACGGUGUCCUCGCUCUGGGCUGCCGCACGCAGGAGGAAGCCAGAGAGCUGCUGCAGCAAAUGCAGGUGGCAGGCAUCAAGAUGAAUAUGCCCAUCUUGGGCGCCAUGCUGCGGCAGGGCUGCGCCAAUAAAUCCUUUGGCUACAUCAACGAGAUCAUGCAGUUGAGUCUGGAGGAGGGACUUAAACCCAAUGAGCCAUUUUUGCGUCAUCUGCACAACUUUCACAGGGGAUGUGCCAGGGCCAUUGACGCCAGGCAUCCCACGACUAAGACUGCCGCCUUUAAAAAGGGACACUCGAAAUUCUGUGAUAAGUACCGCCUGUAUUAUGAGGAACUCGGCCUCACCGGUCUCAAGUUGGAGGAUGCCAUUACCAAGAUGAAGGAGCGCCCAUAUGCAAGGUACAAGGAAGAACCCGUUGAGGGAAAAGAACCACUCAAACAUGAGCUGAUCAAACGCAAGACAAAGCUGCGGAAGUACAUCAAGAAAAUCAAGAUAGACAAACUGCAGGAUGAUCCACCCAGAGAGACCUUCAAGAGGAUAGAAUAGGUUUAACAGUUUAACACGCCCAUUAAAGUUUAUUAUU